AUGCCUUCACUCCUGAUUCUGAUCUUCACCAUCGAGGUCGCUGUUGAGCUCAUCAACACAAUCGGCGCAGCGACCAUCAACAACCUGCUAUGGAGGAUCUUCAAUGCCUUGCCGACCAAACUGUCGACACAGUUUGCCGAGCAACGGAAGCUCCAGCAGGAAUACCUCAAAGUUCGCCGUGAGCUGAACGCUACUAGCAGUCAGGAUGAGUUUGCCAAGUGGGCAAAGCUGCGUAGACAGCACGACAAGCUGCUGGAGCAACUAGAGAAGCAGAAAUCCGCACUCGACUCGACCAAAGGCAACUUUGACAAAUACAUCACCGGAAUCCGUUGGAUAGCCACUCAGGGACUACGAUACUUCCUCCCAUUUUGGUAUGCCAAGGUCCCCAUGUUCUGGCUGCCCUACGGCUGGUUUCCGUACUACGCAGAGUGGCUCGUGUCGUUCCCGCGUGCGCCCAUGGGCAGCGUAAGCAUAGCCUCGUGGCAGCUCGCAUGCACGGGCUUUGUGGUGCUGAUCAAGGAUGCCAUAACGGCACUCGUGGUCUUUGUGCUGGGCAUGCGGGAGAGCAAGGUCAAGCAGGCCGUUCCGGUCAAGGCGGCGGCAUCUGUUGGCAAAGGUGAUGAGAAAACCAAGGCUGCAUCGACGGCUACGAAGGAGGGAAAAAAGGAGCUAUAG